AUGCGUCUCAUCCAGUUUGUUUUCUUGGUUGUUUUUGUGCUGUUGCCGUUGGUGUUGGCUGCGGAGGAUUACUAUAAGAUCCUGGGGUUGGAUAAGUCGGCGUCAGAGAGGGAUGUUAAGAGGGCGUACCGGACGCUGAGCAAGAAGUUUCAUCCGGAUAAGAAUCCAGGAGACGAAACCGCGCAGAAGAAAUUCGUCGAAAUCGCAGAAGCCUACGACGUCCUCUCAACCUCAACCACCCGGAAGAUCUACGACCAGUACGGCCAUGAAGGCGUAGAAGAGCACAGACAAGGCGGUACAGCCGGACGACCCGCACACGACCCCUUCGACCUCUUCUCUCGAUUCUUCGGCGGCGGCGGACACUUCGGGCAUGCAGCAGGCCACCGACGCGGACCGGAUAUGGAGCUCCGCGUCGGAAUUCCUCUGCGCGACUUCUACACAGGUCGGGACUUGAGGUUUUCGAUUGAGAAGCAGCAGAUCUGCGAGGCGUGCGAGGGGACGGGCUCUGCGGACCGUGAGGUGAUUACCUGCGACAAGUGUCAUGGACGGGGGAUGGUGAUUCAGAAACACAUGCUUGCGCCGGGAAUGUUCCAGCAGAUCCAGAUGCCAUGCGAUAAGUGCAGGGGGCAAGGGAAGUCGAUUAAGAAGCCGUGCCAAGUGUGUGAAGGACACCGGGUUGUGCAGAACGAUGUGGAGACAUUUGCGACUGUCGAGCCGGGUAUGGAUAAGGGAACACGCAUUGUGUUUGAGAACGAGGCGGAGGAGAGUCCCGAUUGGGUUGCUGGAGAUCUUAUACUUAUUUUGGAGGAGAAGGAGGCUGAAUUGGGCUCGACGGAUGAGCAGCGCACGGAUGGGACGUUCUUCCGGAGAAAGGGCAAGGAUCUUUUCUGGAAGGAGGCGCUGUCGCUGCGAGAGGCGUGGAUGGGUGACUGGUCGCGCAAUAUCACCCAUCUGGAUGGACAUGUGGUUCGUCUGGGCCGGAGUCGGGGUGAGGUCAUCCAGCCUCUAUCCGUCGAGACUGUCAAGGGCGAAGGCAUGCCUUAUUACUCCGAAGGCCAUCUACACGACAGCGACGAUGUCGAUGAGGAGCCAGGGAACCUGUACAUCGAGUAUAUCAUUGUCCUCCCAGACCAAAUGGACAGCGCGAUGGAGAAGGAUUUCCAUUCGCUUUGGGAGAAAUGGAGGCAGAAGAAGGGCGUUGAUCUGGCCAAGGACAGUGGUCGCCCUGUUCCUCCAGAGCCAGCGCGGGAUGAGUUAUGA